UGCCAUGGCUGCCUUCCACCUCCUCUUCGUCCUCGUGCUUGCGCUCGCCGCCAGCAACAGUGCCAGCACAGUGGCCGCUGCGGACGACGAUGAUGUGCGGCUGCGGCAGGAGGCCAUGGUGCAGGCCCUCGGGGUAGUCACCCGCUUCGACCUGGCCAACACCGACCCCGAAGCAGUGAGGCAGGUGAAGCGGGCGCUCGCGGUGCUGGACUGUGAGGUCCAGGCCCACCCCCAGCGGUGGAAGACCAUCUUCAACGCCGUUGACAAGGCCAUGGAUAGCGGCGCCGACGACCGUAGCAGUGAGGAGGCGUCCUCAUCGGCCAAGGAGCUGCUGGAGCAGGAGUUCGGCCCGUGUCCGAGAUGCCUCAAAAGGGACCUCGGAGUCGAAGAUCUGUAAAAUGCAUGGCAGUUCGCCACCUCUGCCUUUCUUUUUUGGCCUUAGCGUGCCAUGUGUGUGCUGAUGUUAGUUAUGGCGCUCCCGUCCGUGCGCUGCGGCAUGUCGCAGUUGUCGGAGCUCCACCUUUACUUUUCUUCUUGUUCCUUCUUCACGCCUUGGGCUGCGGAACGUCUGUGAUUUUCCUUGCUUGCUUGUAACCAGUAUUUCAUU